CAAUUAUCUAUUCCAGGUCUGCUAUAGAGUAACUGGUGAGCUAGUAUUAUCCUGGGCUUGCAGGCUGCACAUGAACAUGUGGGUUGGACGAUCGAUGCUUGCCUUGGCUGUACUCUUGCUCAGCGCACGCGCUCAAGACAUACAUUCACACGUCGAACAAGACGCUUGGCACGCUCCUCCAUCUGUUCCCUCGCAACCAUCCGCUCCUCAAACUGAUGGGCCAAAAGUCAACUUCUACGGCACCAGAUUAUCUCUGCCGAGUGCAGAUCCCGAGCAUGCAGAAAGGGUUUUCAAGAACUUCACAAAGAUCCUUAACUCGACGGACUUCAGUAAUUUCACACAGAAUCUAGUAACUACGCUUUUACCCAAUUUACAAGGAAACCGAAAAGGUCCCGAGGGCAGAUCCACUUCAGCGCCCGCCAUUUCCAUGCAGGAUGGGCUUAUCCAGUACACUCAGAACAUGCUGACCAAUGUGAGUCAGAUCUUAGAUGAAGCAUUGGAGUUAGCCUUGAAUGUGGCUUACUUCUUGGCACCUAACGCCACCGAGAGUCUUCUUCGCACCUUGGGGGUAGAAGACGAGCCCAGCGUGACCUUCUUCCCCGAGGGAAGAAGUGCCGACACUCUGGGGAAAGAUUUUUUGAAACUGGUUGCCGGUGCUUCCAAGAAGGCCCACCACAAGUGUCCACCAGACUGGGACACGUACAGAAAUUGCUUCUACGUGAACUCCGUAGACUACGUGACGCACGUGUCGGAAAGAUGGGCGGCGUUCAUGGCGAACCUGUUUGGGUACCGCAGUAAAAUUUAGCUAUUAUCAAAAUGAAGAGGAAACUGCAUCAAAGACGUGAUGAAUCCCGGGUGAUCGUUAGAAAAACAAAGACAAUUUUCUUAAUAAAGAAUAUCCAGAC